AUGCUCGAGAAAGAAAAAGCCAUGGCGUUUUUUCUCAUUGACUGGUUCGGAAUAUUGCCAAGUACGAGGCUACAGGUACAUUUGGGGGACGAAAUGGAUCAAAUCCUCACGCUUACAGAAGAAAAAAAUGCAAAGUUCCAAGUGGUCUUUUACAAUAUGUGUCCGCAAGCCAUCGCUCAUCACUACUGUCCCGAAGAGAAAACUUUAACUGAUCAAAUUAUACGCAGUGUCGUCGAACUAGUUGGUGAAAAAGGAGUGUUCAUUGUGCCCCUCAUAACGAGUGAUAUUGAUGCAACGUCUGUUUAUGAAAAGCAGAAAAAUCGCUUCGAGCAGUAUUUCAAUGAAUGUAUCCUACUCAAUCCUAUUAGAGUCUACAGUCAGGUCCUCUCGUGUACUCAAAGCAAUCACGAUUUCAAUAACGAACCUCUGAUCAAGAGUUUUUUGAGACCUAGUUUUGGCUAUUGA